AUGAAUGAUUCGCAGAGGGUAUUAGAAGAAUCGACAAUGAUGCUGAUUAUUUUUGAGUUUAUUGAACAUGGUUACAUGGCUAAGAACGAGCUAAGAAUGAACGUCUAUAUUGACCACCAAAACGAACCUAUUCUUGACUGGGCCGAUAAGGAGAUGUUAACAGGUGAUGAGGUGUCUGAGUUGGUAGAAGAUGAUGACACAGACUCACAUAUUUCAGAUAUAAGGGAAUGUGAGCAUGAACCUGAUGAAGGGGUGCAUACUUUUGACAAAACAGUUGAUGAUGAAUGUUUGAACAAGUUGUGUGGUAAACCCAUUCUUAAUAGUAAUCAAGAAGAAGUAAAUGAUGAUGAUGAAGUCAGUGAUGAAGAUGAUGAAGUUGUGUUUCCUGUCUUUGAUAAGAAUCGAGAAUGGGAUAAAAUGGUCCCAGUUUUUGGUAUGAAGUUUUCCAACCCUCUUGAAUUGAAGCUGUGUCUAACCAACUAUGACGUCAAGAAUUGGGAUUCAUUGAAGCUAUGA